CGGCCGGAGCGAGCGGAGGCCGGGGGCUAAGCUGUAUGGUAGCUCUGCUGCUCGGGCACUAUGGACAAGAACACGAAAGAGAACCAUUCCGGAUACCCCGGUCGUGCUGCCAAGGUUGCCAAUCCCAUUUGGGAUAGCCCAAAACGUGUCCCUGUGUCUCAGCAUUCUGCCCAGAGCCGCUUACUGAACAGUGGAGUCCAAGCACAACGUGUUCUGUGUCCUUCAAACUUGGCCCAGCGAGUUCCUGUGCAAUCACAGAAAUCUGUACUGUCAAACCAAAAACUGUCUCAUCACCAGACAAUGCAGCAGCCCCGACCAAAACUUCUGGUCCAAGCGACCUCUAGGCCUCAAGUUCCAAGCAAGAACAAUGAAAAAUCUCAACAGGCUCCAGUCCCUGCAAAGAAUUCUGAAGCAGAAAGCACCUCUAAACAGAGAAAUGAAGAGACUGCUAAAAAGAAAAGUGAAGAGACUAAAAAAAGGCAAUGGUCUCUUGAUGAUUUUGAAAUUGGUCGUCCUCUGGGGAAAGGAAAAUUUGGAAAUGUGUACCUGGCACGUGAGAAGCAGAGUAAAUUUAUUCUUGCACUGAAAGUGCUCUUUAAAACACAACUUGAGGAAGCUGGUGUAGAACAUCAACUACGAAGAGAAGUUGAAAUCCAGUCUCAUCUUAGGCACCCCAACAUUCUCAGAUUAUACGGCUACUUCCAUGAUGUGACAAGAGUCUACCUGAUUCUGGAGUAUGCACCUCGUGGAGAAGUCUACAAAGAACUUCAGAAGCUUACCAAGUUUGAUGAGCAAAGAACUGCUACUUACAUCACAGAACUAGCAGAUGCCUUAUCAUACUGUCAUUCAAAGAGUGUGAUUCACCGAGACAUCAAGCCAGAAAACUUGUUGCUUGGCUCAAAUGGAGAAUUAAAAAUUGCUGACUUUGGAUGGUCGGUGCAUGCUCCAUCUUCUAGGAGAACAACUCUCUGUGGGACACUUGACUAUCUGCCUCCUGAAAUGAUUGAGGGAAGAACGCAUGAUGAAAAGGUGGACAUUUGGAGUCUGGGAGUUCUAUGCUAUGAAUUUCUUGUAGGGAAACCACCUUUUGAAGCAGCAACAUACCAGGAAACCUACAGAGCUAUUUCCAGGGUGGAAUUCAAGUUUCCUCCAUUUGUAACAGAAGGUGCAAGGGAUUUAAUUUCCAAGCUCCUGAAGCAUAACCCAUUCUAUCGACUGCCCCUGAAGGAUGUACUGCUUCAUCCCUGGAUUACAGCAAACUCUACAAAGAUGCCUGAGAGCAGAAAAAGUGAUGUUGCUGCCUCAUCCAGAACAUAGUCUUAGCAGGGGAAACAUCAUGUGAUCAACAAGAGGAGUCUUGUACUGUGACUACUGUAAUGCUUACAAUAGGAGAAGCAGGUCAUGGAAUCUAAUGGCAAUUGGAAUGCAAAUCUUUGUGUUUGCUGUUGUCUUAAACUCUAAUUGCAAUGUAAAUUUUAGCUGACUUUUAGCUGGAGGUUGUGGAAUACUUAAUAUACUUGAAAUCCAGUUACACAUGGGCCAGGUUUGUUGGUGUAAGUAUUAAGCUGUUCAAGGCUCUUAUGAUGUGGUCUGUCCUGGUAAUGGUUCAUUGUUCCAACAGCAACAGGAAGCUGUGGUUCUAGCUUAUUGGACAGUGCAAUAUCCCAGAGAUACCUGCCUCCUAACUUGGCUGCUAAGGGUAUCAUCCUACCUGUGGUGUUAUCUGAAACUGAGCGAGGUGAAUGCAUUUCUAAGUGUCCUAAAAAUGAUGUGUGCAUUAUUUUUGUCUCUUUUUUGUCUUAAAUGUGAGCACUCAACUUUAAAAAUAAAGACUUGUUACAUACUGCUA